AUGGCUUUAUUACAGGCAUUUGCUUUUAAAGAAUGCUCAAAGGAGGAUGGUACCAGGUGGUGUGAAAUUGGUCCAGUGACGAUAACCACAGAUCCCAAGAAAUUUCAAUUUGAACUCAGGGAACUUUAUGUUCAGGGUGGUGGAGACUGUCCAGAGAUGAGCAUCGGGGCAAUAAAGAUUGCUCUAGAAAUUUCUCUUCCUGGUUCUUUCAUCUAUGUAUUUACUGAUGCACGAUCCAAAGAUUAUAGACUUACUCAUGAAGUACUUCAACUCAUUCAACAGAAACAAUCACAGGUAGUAUUUGUACUGACUGGAGACUGUGAUGACAGGGAUCAUAUUGGUUACAAGGUCUAUGAAGAAAUUGCCUCAACGAGUUCUGGUCAAGUUUUUCACUUGGACAAAAAACAAGUUAAUGAGGUGUUAAAAUGGGUUGAAGAAGCAGUUCAAGCCUCUAAAGUGCAUCUCUUGUCUACAGACCAUUUGACCAUGGCUGCAAAUACUUGGCAGAUCCCUUUUGAUCCAAGUCUGAAAGAGGUUACAGUGUCCUUGAGUGGUCCUUCACCAGCAAUUGAAAUUCAUGAUCCAUUAGGCAAGCAGAUCAGGAAAGGAUCAGGACUGAAUGAACUGCUGAAUAUCCACAACUCUGCAAAGGUAGUAAAUGUCAAAGAUCCAGCACCCGGCACGUGGACAAUUAAGACCUCGAGCAGUGGAAGGCACUCUGUUCGGAUCACAGGUCUCAGCACUAUUGACUUUCGUGCUGGGUUUUCUAGGAGGCCAACAUUAGACUUUAAAAAAACAUCCAGCAGACCGGUGCAAGGGAUUCCUACCUUCGUGCUGCUAAAUACCACAGGGAUCUGUCUUCCAGCUAGAGUAGACAGACUGGAACUUCUGAGUAUUACAGGGGAACUUCUUAAGACCUUGCCUGUGAAAUACUACCCUGACAGAAAGCCCUAUGGCCUAUGGAAUAUUUCAGACUUCAUUCCACCAGAUGAAGCUUUUUUUGUUAAAAUAAUGGGCUACGACAAGGAUGAUUAUCUUUUUCAGAGAGUUUCAAGUGUUUCAUUUUCUAGCAUUACCCCUGAUGCUCCAAAAGUUACAAUGCCCAGCAAGACUCCAGGAUAUUACUUACAGCCAGGGUCUGUUCCUUGCCAUGUAGAAAGUCUUAUACCUUUUACUCAGCGUUUUACUAAAAAUGGUGUAAAACUAGGAGUGGAUCAGUUCUUCAAAGAAUCAUCUAGCAUGAGUUGGGAAAUUGCUACGGUCUCCUUGUCUGAUGAAGGCGUCUAUGAAUGUAUGGCAACUAGCAGUGCAGGAACUGGACGUGCACAGACGUUUCUGGAUGUAUCAGAGCCUCCGCCCAUGAUUCAGGUUCCUAAUAAUGUCACAGUUGUCCCUGGUGAAGGAGCCAUCUUGACCUGCCUAACUUUAAGCACAGUGCGUUACAAUCUCACCUGGCAGAGAAAUGGCAGGGACGUGAGGCUUAAGGAGCCCCUGCGAAUAAGGAUGAUGAGCAACCUGUCUUUAGAGGUAAAGACUGUAAAGCUCACGGAUGCUGGCAAGUACAACUGCAUCGCUUCUAAUGAGGGUGGAUCUACCACAGCAUCGGUCUUCCUUAUGGUGCAAGAACCACCUAGGGUUGUCAUUUCACCUAAGAAUCAGACUUUUACAGAAGGCUCUGAAGUGUCUAUCAGGUGUUCUGCAACAGGUUAUCCAAAGCCAACAGUAGUAUGGACACACAACGAUAUGUUUAUUAUUGGUUCAAGCAGGUAUAGAUUGACCCCAGAAGGCACCUUAAUCAUAAGAAAGGCAAUUCCAAACGAUGCAGGAGUUUACGGUUGCUUGGCAAGUAACUCAGCUGGGACAGAGAAACAGACGUCCACCCUUACAUACAUUGAGGGCCCAACGUUGACCAUAGUUCAAAGUGAAAUUCUGGUUGCUCUUGGAGACACAACUAUUAUGGAGUGUAAAACAACUGGAAUCCCACAUCCCCAAGUUAAAUGGUUUAAAGGUGACUUAGAGUUGAGGCCAUCAGCAUUUCUCAUUAUUGAUUCUCAUCGGGGUCUUUUGAAGAUCCAGGAAACACAAGAUCUGGAUGCUGGUGACUAUACCUGUGUGGCUACCAAUGAUGCAGGGAGAGCUUCUGGAAAGAUAACUCUAGAUGUUGGCUGUAAGUAGCUUGCAAAUCCUAAUGUCAUGCUGUAAUCCCAAUUCACUUUCUGUGUAUCUGCAGAUAUUGGCUCAAACAUCACGCUGCCAUGCUAUGUUCAGGGGUACCCAGAACCAAAGGUUAAAUGGAGGUGGCUAAAUGGUGCUUCACUUUUCUCAAGACCGUUUGCAGUUAGUUCCAUCAGUCAACUCAGAACAGGAGCUCUGUCUAUUAACAGUUUGUGGGUCAGUGAUGAAGGAACUUAUAUCUGUGAAGCUGAGAACCAGUUUGGAAGGAUUCAGUCACGGCCAGCCACAAUCACAGUAACUGGACUCGUUACACCUCUGAUUGGAGUAAGUCCAGCCACAGCCAAUGUAAUUGAGGGGCAGCAGCUCACUUUGCCAUGCGUAUUGCUUGCUGGAAACCCUAUUCCAGACCGGAGGUGGAUUAAAAACAGUAUGGUGCUGGUUCCCAAUCCCUACAUCAAUGUUCGCAGUGAUGGAAGCCUGCACCUUGAAAGAGUUCGGCUGCAGGAUGGUGGCGAUUAUACCUGCAUGGCAAGUAAUGUUGCUGGGACAAGCAACAAAACUACUACUGUUAAUGUGUAUGUUCUCCCUGUUAUUCAGCAUGGACAGCAGAUAUUUAGCACCAUUGAAGGAAUCCCAGUGACAUUACCAUGCAAAGCAAGUGGAGUUCCUAAACCAUCUAUUGUCUGGUCCAAGAAAGGAGAAGUAAUUCUUUCCAGCAAUGUGAAAUUUUCUGCAGCGUCUGAUGGAAGUCUGUAUGUAGUUUCACCAGGGGGUGAAGAGACUGGAGAAUACAUGUGCACUGCAACAAAUGCUGCUGGUUAUGCUACACGGAAAGUCCAGCUGACUGUCUAUGUGAAACCUAGAGUAUCCAGGCCUGGAGACCAGCAAGGAAAUGCAUAUGAUAAACCCAUAGAGAUCUCAGUAAUUGCAGGGGAAGAUGUCACACUUCCAUGUGAAGUAAAGAGCUUGCCACCCCCAAUAAUUACGUGGGCCAAAGAAAUGCAGCUCAUAUCUCCAUACUCUCCAAGACACACUUUCCUACCUUCAGGGUCAAUGAAGAUCAGCGAGACACAAGUUUCAGACACUGGAAUGUAUAUCUGUGUAGCCACAAAUAUUGCUGGGAAUGUGACUCAGUCAGUGAAGCUAAAUGUACAUGUUCCUCCAAAGAUACAGCGUGGACCUCGAGUUUUGAAAGUCCAAGCCGGCCACAGAGUUGACAUACCCUGCAGUGCCCAGGGGAUCCCUCCCCCAACAAUCACUUGGUUCAAAGGCAGAAAUGCUGUUCCGAUAGAUGGUGGGCAGUUUACCCAUAGCCUGGAUGGAGCUCUAAGCAUCAGCAAUGUCCAGCUUCCUGAUGCCGGAAUCUACAAGUGUGUCGCUGGUAACACAGCGGGCAGUGACGCAGCAGAGAUAACAGUACAAGUUCAAGAGUCUCCUACUAUUGAUGAUCUGGAUCCUCCGUACAAUAAUCCCUUUCAAGAAAGAGUGGCAAAUCAACGCAUUGCAUUCCCAUGCCCAGCAAAAGGUAUUCCAAAGCCUGUUAUCAAAUGGCUACAUAAUGGAAGAGAGCUGACAGGCAGCGAACGAGGGAUUUCAAUUCUGGAUGAUGGGACACUGCUGAUAGCUUCUGUUACACCUUCUGAUAAUGGAGAGUAUAUCUGUGUGGCAACCAAUGAAGCUGGAAGCACAGAGAGAAAAUACAACCUUAAAGUUCAUGUUCCUCCUGAAAUUAGAGAUCAAGAAAAGGUGACAAAUACAUCUGUAGUUGUUCAUCACCCUGUAAGUCUCUUCUGUGAAGUAUCUGGUAACCCCUUCCCAAUCAUCUCCUGGUAUAAAGAAGAUAUCCAGGUUGUGGAAAGCAGUACUCUCCAGAUUUUGCACAACGGGAAGAUACUGAAGCUCCUUAAAGCUGCUACUGAUGAUGCUGGACAAUAUUCAUGCAAAGCUGUAAAUGUAGCAGGAAGUUCUGAGAAGCUGUUUAACCUAGAUAUACUAGUUCCACCAAGUAUAAUAGGUGCUGAUACCCCUGGUGAAACUACAGUCAUCCUCAACCAGGAAAUCAGUCUGGAAUGUAGAGCCAAAGGCUUCCCUUUUCCUGACAUUCACUGGUUCAAAGAUGGCAAGCCCUUGUUUUUGGGUGAUACCAAUGUUGAGCUUCUGGACAAAAAUCAAGUUCUGCACAUAAAGAGUGCUCGAAGGAUUGACAAAGGUCGUUACCAGUGCAGUGCCACCAACACUGCUGGCAAACAAGUUAAAGAAGUCAAGCUGAUCAUCCAUGUCCCUCCUAGUAUUAAAGGAGGGAAUAUUACCACAGAGGUGUCGGCACUUCUUAACACUCUUAUAAAUUUGGAAUGCGAAACCAAGGGAAUCCCUGUUCCUACCAUUACAUGGUACAAAGAUGGACGCCCAAUUAUUUCCAGCCCCCAAGCUCUGUAUGUGGACAGAGGGCAAUUGCUGCAGAUACCUCGAGCCCAAGUAUCGGAUUCUGCGAAGUACACUUGCCGUGUGACCAGUGCUGCUGGAGCUGCUGAAAAAAUAUAUGAUGUGGAUGUCUAUGUUCCUCCAGUAAUUGAGGGCCAUGCUGACACAGCCCAGAACAGGCAGGUGGUUGCUGGCAAUUCACUGACAUUAGAGUGCAAAGCUGCUGGCAACCCGCCGCCCCUCCUUACCUGGUUAAAAGAUGGUGUGCCUGUGAAAGCAAGUGACAACCUCCGCAUUGUAUCUGGAGGGAAGAAGCUGGAGAUUCUGAAUGCUGUUGAGGCUGACCGGGGCCAGUACCUGUGUGUGGCUACAAGCAUAGCUGGAGAACAAGAUAUCAAAUAUGAAGUUGAAAUCUUAGUCCCACCAUUUGUGGAAGGUGGGGAUGAGCUCCUGGACUACAUUGUGAUUCUUGAUAGCCCUUUGGAGUUGGAUUGUUCAGCAACGGGGACACCCUCACCAACUAUCACGUGGUUGAAAGAUGGUCAACCAGUUGAAGAGGGAGCUGGACAUAAGAUCUUAUUAAAUGGACAAAAACUUCUCAUCUCUCGAGCUCAAGUAUCAGACACUGGCCGCUAUAAAUGUGUGGCUGCAAAUAAGGCAGGAGAAUAUGAAAGAGAAUUUGAUGUUACUGUGCAUGUUCCUCCAACCAUCAAAUCAGCUGGGACUUCUGAGCGAGCUGUUGUGAUAUACAAGCCUGUGACUCUGCAGUGCAUAGCCAAUGGCAUUCCCAGCCCUUCCAUAACUUGGUUAAAAGAUGGUCAACCAGUAAACACAGCCAGAGGAGAUAUAACACUGGAGUCUUCAGGCCGUAUUCUUCAAGUUGUCAAGGCCCUGAUCGAAGAUGCUGGCCGAUACACUUGUGUGGCAACAAAUGCUGCAGGAGAAGCCCAACAGCACGUUCGGCUUCAUGUGCAUGAACCACCCAGUCUGGAAGAUGCAGGGAAAAUGUUAAAUGAAACAGUGGUGGUGAAUAAUCCAAUCCAUCUUGAAUGCAGAGCAUCUGGGAACCCUCUGCCAGCUAUCACGUGGUACAAAGACAAUCGUCCGCUUACCAGUGCUGCAAGCGCCACUUUUCUGAACAGAGGGCAGGUUCUGCAGAUUGAGGGUGCUCAGGUCUCCGACACUGGCAUUUACAAGUGUGUGGCUGUCAACACAGCAGGCACAGCUGAGUUGUUUUACAGUCUUCAGGUUCAUGUCCCACCAUCAAUCUCUGGCAGCAGCGACAUGGUGACAGUCGUGGUUAAUAAUCUAGUGCGACUGGAGUGUGAAGCAAGAGGCAUCCCUGCGCCUAUUCUGACCUGGCUGAAAGAUGGUAGCCCUGUCUCCAGCUUUAGCGAUGGACUCCAGGUUCUGUCUGGGGGCCGAGUCUUGGCAUUGACUAGUGCUCAGAUCAGUGACACAGGAAAAUACACUUGUGUUGCAGUGAAUGCUGCGGGCGAAAGCCAGAGAGAUAUUGAUCUCAGAGUUUAUGUUCCACCAAACAUCAUGGGAGAGGAACAAAACGUCUCUGUGCUCAUCAGCCAAGCCGUGGAGCUGCUCUGUCAGAGCAAUGCGAUUCCCCCACCCAUGCUGACAUGGCUCAAAGACGGACGGCCCUUGCUGAAGAAGCCAGGUCUUAGCAUCUCUGAAGAUGGAAGUGUACUGAAGAUUGAAGAAGCUCAAGUCCAGGACGCUGGCCGUUACACUUGUGAAGCGACAAAUGUUGCUGGGAAAACAGAAAAGAACUAUAAUGUCAAUAUUUGGGUGUCACCCAGUAUUUAUGGCUCAGAUGAAAUCUCUCAGAUGAUGGUAAUUGAAGGGAGCUUGAUAAGCCUGAUAUGUGAGUCUAGUGGCAUCCCACCAGCCAGUCUUACUUGGAAAAAGAAUGACUCUCCACUGGUGGCUGACCUUUCAGGAAGGGUGCGGAUCUUAUCUGGAGGCAGACAGCUACAGAUUUCAAUUGCUGAAAAGUCUGAUGCUGCAUCUUACACUUGUAUUGCUUCAAAUGUAGCUGGAAGUGCAAAGAAGGAAUACAGUUUGAAAGUGUAUGUUCGACCAACUAUACUAAACAGUGGUAGCCACCCAUCAGAAGUCAUCGUCACUCAAGGAAAUGAAAUUUCCUUGGAGUGCAAGGUACAGGGCAUUCCAGAACCAGCAAUAACGUGGAUGAAGGAUGGCCGUCCACUGGUCAGUGGAAGGGACAUAGUGAUACUUCAUGAUGGUCACUUUCUUCAACUGAAAAACGCCCAGGUGUCAGACACUGGCCGCUACGUCUGUGUUGCUGCCAAUGUGGCAGGGCUCUCUGACAGAAAAUACGAUUUAAAUGUUCAUGUUCCCCCAAGUAUUGCUGGUGACCUGCAGAUGUCUGAAAACAUCAGCAUUGUGGAGAAGAAUCCCAUCUCUCUUGUUUGUGAAGCUUCAGGAAUUCCUUUGCCAUCAAUAACGUGGCUCAAAAACGGAUGGCCUGUCACUUUGAACAACUCAGUGCGAAUCCUCUCAGGGGGCAGAAUGCUCCGUUUGACACACACGAGUGUAGCAGAUGAAGGUCAGUAUACCUGCAUAGUGACCAAUGCUGCGGGAGAAGUGAGGAAGCAUUUUGACCUUUCUGUUCUAGUACCUCCAGGGAUUGUGGGUGAAAAUAAACCGGAAGAUGUGAAAGUGAGAGAGAAGCACAGAGUUACCCUAACAUGUGAAGUGAUAGGGAACCCUGUACCACAGAUCACCUGGAUAAAGGAUGGGCAAUCUCUAAUUGAGGAUGAAGAUCACAAGUUUCUGUCCAGUGGGCGUUUCCUGCAAAUCACCAAUGCUCAAGUCACUGACACAGGGAGAUACACAUGUAUUGCAUCCAAUACAGCUGGGGAUAAGAGCAAAAGUUACAGUCUUAAUGUACUUGUGUCUCCAACCAUUGUGGGUGCAGAUAGCCAUGGAAAUGCGGAAGAUGUCACUGUUAUCCUCAACAGCCCAACAUCACUGGUUUGUGAGGCUUACUCAUAUCCUCCAGCUACAAUCACGUGGCUGAAAGAUGGUAAUCCUUUAGAAUCAAACAGAAACAUCCGCAUUUUGCCAGGUGGUCGAACCCUGCAGAUUCUGAAUGCACAGGAUGACAACGCUGGAAGAUACACCUGUAUAGCUACAAACGAGGCUGGAGAAACUUUGAAACACUAUGAAGUGAAAGUCUACAUUCCACCCACCAUCAACAAAGGGGAUAUCUCAGGGAUGGGUCUUUCGCCUAAAGAAGUGAAGAUCAAAGUAAACCACAGCCUUACCCUGGAGUGUGAAGCUCAUGCCGUUCCUGCUGCUGCCAUCAGCUGGUACAAGGAUGGACAGCCACUUAAACCAGAUGAUCAUGUCAUUAUCCAAGCUAGUGGCCACACUCUGCAGAUUAAGGAGGCUCAAGUAUCAGACACGGGUCGUUACACUUGUCUGGCAUCCAACAUUGCUGGAGAGGAUGAAGUGGAAUUUGAUGUAAAUAUACAAGUUCCUCCUAGUUUCCAAAAGCCUUAUAAAGAAUGGGAAGAUGGUAACGCAGUAGAUACGGGAAGAGGUGGAGAAAACAAAGAUGUGAUUGUCAACAAUCCCCUCUCACUGUACUGUGAGACCAAUGCUGUUCCUCCUCCAGUUCUUACGUGGUAUAAAGAUGGCUAUCCUCUCAGCUCUAGUGAUAAAGCACUAAUACUACCAGGAGGCAGAGUGUUGCAGAUUCCACGGGUACAGGCUGAAGAUGCUGGGAGAUACAUGUGUGUGGCAGUGAAUGAAGCUGGGGAGGAUUCCAUUCAUUAUGAUGUCCGCGUGCUCUUACCGCCAUCCAUCAGUGGACCUGAUGGUGAUCUGCCUGAAGAAGUGACUGUGCUUGUGAACAAGGUUGCAGUGAUGGACUGUGUUGCAAGUGGCAGCCCUUCUCCAAGUAUUACCUGGCAAAAGGAUGGCCACCUCCUAGCAGAAGAUGACAAACACACAUUUUUGUCCAAUGGAAGGAGGUUACAGAUUUUGAAUUCCCAAAUAACAGAUACUGGCAGGUAUGUCUGCAUUGUGGAAAACAUAGCUGGAAGUGCCAAAAAGUAUUUUAACCUAAACGUUCAUGUUCCUCCAACUGUUGUUGGUACUAAUCCUGAGAAUUUGACUGUGGUAGUGAAUAAUUUCAUCUCUCUGACUUGUGAGGUCACUGGCUUUCCACCUCCUGAUCUCAGCUGGCUCAAGAAUGGAAAACCUAUCAGUUCAAAUACCAACACUUUUAUUGUGCCUGGUGCUCGUACUCUGCAGAUUCCCCGAGCCAAACUACCAGAUGAUGGUGAAUAUACUUGUAUUGCCAGAAACCAAGCUGGGGAAAGUCAGAAGAAGAGUUUCCUAACUGUUCUUGUACCCCCAAGCAUCAAAGACCAUAGUGGAACCUCACUGACAGUGCUGAAUGUGAGAGUGGGCACCCCGGUGAUGUUAGAGUGUGAAUCCAAUGCUAUUCCACCGCCAGUCAUCACCUGGUACAAGAACAGACGCAUAAUUUCAGAGUCUGCAAAUGUGGAGAUCUUAGAAGAUGGGCAGAUGUUACGAAUCAAGGGUGCAGAGGUUUCUGACACAGGCCAAUAUGUGUGCAAAGCCAUAAAUAUUGCAGGGCGAGAUGAUAAAAAUUUCCAUCUUAAUGUUUAUGUGCCACCAUAUAUAGAAGGCCCUGAACAAGAGAUGGUCAAUGAAACUAUCAGUAAUCCUGUUAACUUUGUAUGUGAUGCUACUGGAAUUCCUCCACCAACGUUAGUGUGGCUUAAGAAUGGAAAACCAAUAGAAAACUCCGAUUCUCUUGAAGUUCAUAUUUUAUCUGGUGGAAGCAAGCUCCAGAUUGCUCGCUCUCAGCUUCAAGACAGUGGGACUUACACAUGUAUUGCCUCAAAUAUAGAGGGAAAAGCUCAGAAAAGUUACAUGCUUUCCAUUCAAGUUCCUCCUAAUAUUGUUGGCUCUGAAAUGCCUAGUGAGGUCAGCGUCCUCCUGGGAGAAAGCAUCCAGCUGGUCUGCAAUGCCAAUGGAGUGCCCAAGCCUGUUACGCAGUGGCUUAAGGAUGGAAAAACAGUUGCUAGUGAUGAUUUCAAAAGAAUAAGAGUAACUCCAGAUGGCAGCACAUUAAACAUUUUCAGAGCUCUCAGUUCUGAUACAGGAAAAUACACCUGUGUGGCUACUAACCCUGCAGGAGAAGAAGACCGAAUUUUCAACUUGAAUGUAUAUGUUCCUCCAAUAAUAGCAAAUAAUAAAGAUGAACCAGAGGACCUCACUGCCCUUUUGGAGACCUCCUUAAAUAUUGAAUGUACUGCUACUGGAACCCCACCACCACAGAUAAACUGGCUAAAGAAUGGCCUUCCUCUGUCUGUCUCCUCCCAAAUCAGGUUGCUGUCAGCUGGACAAAUUCUCAGACUUGCCCGAGUGCAGAUAUCUGAUACUGGAGUGUACACUUGUGUAGCAUCUAACAGGGCUGGAGUGGACAACAAACAUUACAACCUUAAAGUUUUUGUACCACCAAGCUUGGAUAACGCAGGAGGAACAGAGGAUGUGACUGUAGUAAAAGGCAGUUCAGCUUCGAUGCAGUGUCUUACUGAUGGCACUCCUGCCCCCACUAUGUCCUGGUUUAAAAAUGGACAUCCUUUAAGCCUCGGAACUCACCUGACGUCAAGUAACCAAGGAAUGGUCCUUCAUUUUGUAAAAGCAGAGAUUGGUGACACAGGCAAAUACACUUGCAUAGCAUCCAAUGAAGCUGGAGAUACCAGCAAGCACUUUUCCCUAAAAGUGCUGGAGCCACCUCACAUCAACGGUUCAGAUCAACCAGAAGAGCUCUCUGUCAUUGUUAACAACCCCCUUGAACUUCUCUGCGUCUCUUCUGGCAUUCCAGUCCCUAAAAUCUCAUGGAUGAAGGAUGGGCGCCCACUUCUACAGAAUGAUAAUGUUCAUGUCCUAAGAGAAGUCCUUCGAAUAAACAGUGCUCAGGUGGAGGACACAGGAAGAUACACAUGUUUGGCAUCUAGCCCAGCAGGAGAUGAUGAUAAGGAAUACUUAGUAAGAGUGCAUGUUCCUCCUAACAUUGCUGGCACCAGUGGUCCACAGGACCUCACCGUGUUGCAGAACAGACAAGUUAUACUGGAAUGCAAGUCAGAUGCUGUGCCACCUCCAACAAUCUCAUGGCUUAAAAAUGGAGAACUUUUAGAGGGAACUCCUCGAGUUCGAAUCCUAUCUAAUGGGCGAUACCUGCAGAUCAAUAAUGCUGACCUCAGCGAUACAGCAAGCUAUAAAUGUGUGGCAAGUAAUAUCGCAGGAAAAAUGACCAGGGAGUUCACGCUAACAGUACAUGUGGCUCCUACAAUCCGAAGCAGUCCUCAGACUGCUGUUGUGCAUAUAAAUGCUUCUGCUGUGCUGGAGUGUGCUGCAGAAGGAGUGCCAACCCCGAGAAUUACAUGGAGGAAGGAUGGGGCUAUUUUUACUGGAAACAAUACGAGGUAUUCUAUGUUAGAGGACGGAUCUCUACACAUCCACUCGGCGCAUGUUACUGACACAGGAAGAUAUGUGUGUAUGGCAACCAAUACAGCUGGCACUGAACGCAAGCAAAUUGAUCUGCAGGUUCUUGUUCCUCCAAUGAUUGCUUCUGGACAAACAAAUAUUACGGUUACUGUAAAUGUGCAGACCACUUUGCCCUGUGAAACCACUGGAAUUCCCAGACCAGCAGUUAGCUGGAAAAAGAAUGGGCAUCUGCUUAGCGUUGACCAGAACCAGAAUACAUACAGACUUCUAUCUUCAGGUUCCUUAGUAAUCAUUUCUCCCACUGUGGAUGACACUGCUGUCUAUGAGUGCUCUGUGUCAAAUGAUGCAGGAGAAGAUCAAAGAGCAGUUGAGCUCACUGUUCAAGUGCCCCCAUCCAUAGCAGAUGAAGCCACAGAAUUUUUGGUAACGAAGCUGUCUCCAGUAGUAAUUUCCUGCACUGCGUCAGGGGUUCCUGUCCCCUCAGUUCAUUGGACCAAAAAUGGCAUAAAGUUGCUUCCCAGAGGAGAUGGCUACAGAAUUCUCUCUUCAGGUGCCGUUGAAAUACCUGCUGCUCAGCUAGCACACGCGGGACGGUACACCUGCGUGGCCCAGAAUGCAGCCGGCUCGGCUCACAGACACGCCACUCUUCAUGUUCAGGAACCACCAGUUAUCCAAACUCAGCCAGGGGCACUGGAUGUCAUUGUGAACAAUCCCAUUCUGCUGCCAUGUGAGGCGACGGGUACACCUCGACCCAUAAUAACAUGGCAAAAGGAGGGCAUCAAUAUAAUUCCAACAGGCAACAGUUACAUGGUUCUUCCCAGUGGCAGUUUACAGAUUGCAAAAUCGACUGUUGAAGAUGCUGGCACUUACACGUGUGUUGCUCAAAAUCCAGCUGGCACUGCACUGGGGAAGAUCAAACUGAAAGUUCAAGUUCCUCCUGUUAUCAAGUCCUACCUCAAGGAAUAUGUUGCUCCUGUUGAUCAAUCUGUCACUCUGCAAUGUGAGGCUGAAGGCUACCCUGGGCCAGAGAUCAGCUGGCAUAAAGAUGGACAGCAAAUAAUGGAGUCCAUUAGAAGAAGAAUUCUUAGCACUGGUGCACUGCAGAUUGUGUUUGUACAGCCUGGCGACGCUGGCCGUUACAUGUGCAUAGCGGCAAACCUCGCAGGGUCCAGCAGUUCUAGCGUGGACCUCACUGUGCACAUUCCACCCAAGAUUCGCAGUACAGAGACGCAGUACACAGUCACAGAGGACUCCCAGGCUGUUCUGUCCUGUGUGGCUGAUGGGAUUCCAACACCAGCAAUAAACUGGAAGAAGGACAAUACACUAUUAACAGAAAUAGUAGGAAAAUACCGGGUUGUGCCAGAUGGAGACCUCAUUUUGGACAAUGUUGUUCGUGAAGAUGCUGGCAGUUACACCUGCAUUGCUAAAAAUGCUGCUGGAGAAGAUGCACAUACUGUCACCCUGAUAGUUCAUGUUCUUCCAGCUUUUACUGAACUUCCUGGAGAUAUAGCUUUGACUAAAGGAGAACAGCUCAGAUUAACUUGCAAAGCAAUUGGUGUACCUGUACCCAAAAUAACAUGGACCUUUAACAAUAACAUCAUUCCAGCACAAUACGAUGAUGUAAAUGGCCAUAGUGAACUUGAAAGAGUGUCUAAAGAUGACUCUGGUACCUACGUAUGCACAGCAGAAAACACAGUUGGCUCAAUCAAAGCUAUUGGUUUUGUGUAUGUCAAAGAGCCUCCAGUCUUCAAAGGGGAUUACCACUCCAGCCGAAUUGAGCCCUUGGGUGGCAACGCUAUGUUGAAUUGUGAAGUCAGAGGAGAUCCACCUCCUACCAUCCAGUGGAGCAAAAAAGGAGUUGGUGUUCCAAUUAGCAACAGGAUCCGACAGCUUAACAAUGGUUCUCUUGCUAUCUACGGCACUGUAAAUGAAGAUGCUGGUGACUACAAGUGCGUGGCUACCAAUGAUGCUGGUGUGGUAGAACGCAGUCUGACGCUAACGCUUCAGAGUCCUCCAGUCAUUACUGUUGAACCUGUAGAGACAGUUAUUGAAGCUGGUGCCACAGCAAUGCUGAACUGCCAGGCACACGGAGAGCCGCCUCCAACCAUCAAAUGGUCCCGCCAAGGUCAUCCAGUUGUGAGUGAUGAGAGAGUGACCGUCCUGUCUAAUGGCUCCUUGCGUAUUGUUGCAGCACAGAAGGAAGAUACGUCUGAAUAUGAGUGUGUAGCAAGGAAUCUGAUGGGAUCUGUUCUUGUUAGAGUACCACUGACUGUCCAGGUGCACGGUGGAUUUUCUGACUGGCUUGAAUGGCGAGCUUGCAGCGUAACCUGUGGUCAAGGUGUUCAGGAGCGAGUCCGUCAGUGCAACAACCCUCUUCCAGCAAAUGGUGGGAAGAGAUGUGAAGGGCCCGAUACAGAUGUACGCAGCUGCCACAACAAGCCAUGUCCAGUGGAUGGCAACUGGUCAGAGUGGGGGCUAUGGGAAGAGUGUUCAAAGAGCUGUGGACAAGGUAAUAGGACCAGAACCAGAACCUGCAGUAACCCACCAACUCAGCACGGCGGGAAGCCCUGUGAUGGCAGCGCUGUUGAUUCAGUCAUGUGUAAUAUUAGGCCUUGCCCAGUUGAUGGCGAGUGGAGUUCUUGGCUGCCAUGGGGUCCCUGCAGCGAGACUUGUGGGAAAGGUACUCAGACACGACUGAGGCUCUGCAAUAACCCUCCUCCUUCACACGAUGGAUCAUACUGUCAGGGAUCUGAUGCACAGAUGCAGGUUUGCAACAAGAGACGCUGCCCAGUGGACGGGAAGUGGGCCGCAUGGAGCAGCUGGAGUGCCUGCACAGUGUCCUGUGGAGGAGGCAGCAGGCAGAGAACGCGCUACUGCUCGGACCCAGUCCCGCAGUUUGGGGGUCACAAAUGUGAAGGAAAUGACAUACAGAUUGAUUUUUGCAACAGUGAUCCUUGUCCAAUUCAUGGCAACUGGGGCCCAUGGAGUAGUUGGGGAACCUGUAGUCGAACGUGCAACGGAGGCCAGAUGAGGCGAUACCGGACCUGUGACAAUCCUCGCCCUGCCAGUGGUGGGAGGGCGUGUGCAGGGGCUGACAUGCAGAUCCAGAGAUGCAGCACUGAACUGUGCCCUGUGGAUGGAAACUGGGGUCAGUGGCAAACAUGGAGCCAAUGCUCUGCUUCUUGUGGAGGAGGAGAGCAGACCCGAAUACGCCUGUGCAGCAAUCCAGCCCCGUUAAAUCGUGGACGUCCUUGUCCUGGGGACUCCUCCCAGAUAUCCAGGUGUAAUACCCAAGCAUGUCCUGGUGGGCCUUCACGCUCCAAAGGCAGCAUCAUUGGAAACAUUAAUGAUAUUGAAUUUGGAAUUGCUUUCCUGAAUGCCACAGUAACAGACAGCCCUGACUCUGAAACUAGAGUAAUACAAGCAAAGAUUACAAAUGUCCCUCGGAGCCUUGGUCUAGCAAUGAGGAAGCUUGUUUCUGUACUCAGCCCAGUUUAUUGGACAACUGCAAAAGAAAUUGGAGAAGCAAUGAAUGGGUUUACGCUCACUGAUGCAGUCUUCAAGAGAGAAACUCAAGUGGAAUUUGCAACGGGUGAGAUUCUGCGAAUGACUCACAUUGCCCGGGGCUUGGAUUCAGAUGGAGCCUUGCUGCUGGAUGUUGUCGUGAGUGGCCAUGUGCUGCAGCUCCAGUCAGUCGCUGAUGUUAACGUGAAGGAUUACACAGAAGACUAUAUUCAAACUGGCCCUGGGCAACUCUAUGCCCAUUCUACUCGUCUCUUCACUGUUGAUGGAGUUAGUGUUCCCUAUACGUGGAACCACACCAUCACCUAUGAUUACACUAAAGGAAAGAUGCCUUUCUUGGUGGAAACACUCCAUGCUUCCUCUAUUACAACAGAGUACAACCCCCUGGAAGAAACUGUGGCUUUUAAAAUCCACGCUUCCAUUGCAAAAGGAGAUCGUAGCAAUCAAUGCCCUGCUGGGUUUGGUUUGGAUUCAACUGGGCCUUACUGUUCAGACGAAGAUGAAUGUGCUGUGGGAAAUCCCUGUUCCCAUACCUGUCAUAACGCCAUGGGAUCUUACUACUGCUCCUGUCCAAAAGGCCUCACUAUCUCUGCAGAUGGCAGAACAUGUCAGGAUAUUGAUGAGUGUGCGUUAGGUGGACAUACCUGCCAUGCUGGCCAGGACUGUGAGAACAUCAUUGGCUCAUACCGCUGUGUGGUUAGAUGUGGGAAUGGCUUUAGGAGGACAGCUGAUGGAUUUAGUUGCCAAGAUGUUAAUGAGUGUCAAGAGUCCAACUCCUGUCAUCAGCGUUGCUUCAAUACUAUAGGAAGUUUCCACUGUGGUUGUGAUCCAGGAUACCAGCUAAAGGGCAGAAAAUGCAUGGAUGUAAAUGAGUGCAGGCAGAAUGUAUGCAGGCCUGAUCAACUUUGCAAAAACACCCGUGGUGGCUAUAAGUGCAUUGAUCUGUGUCCCAAUGGAAUGACCAAAGCAGAAAAUGGAACUUGUAUUGACAUUGAUGAAUGCCGGGAUGGAACCCACCAGUGCCGCUACAACCAGAUUUGUGAGAACACACGAGGAAGUUACCGUUGUGUGUGUCCAAGAGGAUAUCGGUCCCAGGGAGUUGGAAGACCUUGUGUGGACAUUAAUGAAUGUGAACAAGUGCCUAAACCCUGUGCAUUUCAAUGCACCAACACCCCCGGCAGCUUCAAGUGUAUCUGUCCACCUGGGCAACAUUUAUUAGGUGAUGGGAAAUCUUGCGCUGGACUGGAGAGAUUGCCAAAUUAUGGUGCCUAUUACAAUAGCUAUAGCUAUGCUCAAUUCUCCCCUGUGAGAGACAACUAUCAACCUCAACAAUAUUACAGGCACUCCUCAAAUCUCUACAGCUCCUUCUCAGAGUAUAGAAACAGCAGAAUACCUUUCUCCAGGACUAGAAGGAACAUUAGAGAAACUUGUCCUGAAGGCUAUGAGGCAAGAAAUUACAGAUGUGUAGACAUAGAUGAAUGUGAAACUAGAGAUACCUGUCAGCAUGAAUGCAGAAACACCCUGGGAAGUUACCAGUGUACUUGUCCAUCUGGUUAUCGGCUUACACCCAAUGGCAAAACCUGUCAAGAUAUUGAUGAGUGCCUUGAACAGAACAUUAACUGUGGUUCAAAUCAGAUGUGUUUCAACAUGAGAGGAAGCUACCAGUGCAUAGACACACCUUGUCCACCAAACUACCAGCGAGAGCCUCUUUCUGGGUUCUGUCUGAAAAACUGCCCAGCCAAUGACUUGGAGUGUGAUCUGAGUACCUAUGCCUUGGAAUACAAACUCCUUUCCCUCCCCUUUGGUAUAGCUGCUGGUCAGGAUUUAAUCCGGCUGGUUGCCUACACUCAUGAUCAAGUCAUGCACCCAAGGACAACUUUCUUAAUGGCAGAUGAGGACCCAGCAAUCCCAUUUGCCCUGAGAGAUGAGAACUUGAAAGGAGUAGUGUUCACCACCCGACCGCUGAGAGAACCUAAGACUUACCGCAUGGGAGUCAGAGCCUUAUCCUACAGCAUCGACGGAAAUAUUGAGUAUCGGACAACUUUCAUUGUUUAUAUAGCUGUGUCAGCCUAUCCCUAUUAA